GGAUCACUGUAGACGCGAUGGCGCCGAUUCCGAAGACUGUGGGGCGGAUCAAGCUAGACUGCCCUCUACGGCCCAGCUGCCCACUGGAGGUCGCUGCUGUACCCAAACUUUGCAAGGAAUUCGGUCCAGAGGAUUAUGGCGAAAAGGACAUAGUGGAUUUUCUUCGACGGCUUGUGGAGAGUGAUCCCCAGGGCCUGCACCGGAUCCAUGUGGAUGGGAGCAGCGGGCGGCUGCAGCUGUGGCACCAUGAUUACCUCCUGGGCCACUUGGAUGAUGAAGGGAAAUCAACUGCACAGAGUGACAGGGGCAAGGGGGCUGAGGGACCGGGCACCUACUGUGGUCUCCGCAAGUCCUUCUUGUAUCCUCCCCAAGAGUCUGAGCCCUGCCCUCAAAACCCCUCUGCCUCUGCCACCUUCCCCAGUGUCUCAGACAGCCUGCUUCAGGUGGCCAUGCCCCAGAAGCUCCUGGUGACAGAAGAGGAAGCCAACCGCCUGGCUGAGGAGCUGGUGGCUGAGGAGGAGCGCAUGAAACAGAAAGCAGAGAAGAAGCGACUCAAGAAGAAGUGUCAAAAGGAACGAAAGCGACAGGAACGUUUGGAGCAGUACUGUGGGGAGCCCAAGGCCAGCACUACCUCACAUGGAGAUGAGAGCCCCCCGUCCAGCCCUGGAAACCCAGUUCAGGGACAGUGCGGUGAAGAAGAGGACUCACUGGAUCUAUCUAGCACUUUUGUGUCUCUCGCUUUGCGCAAGGUUGGGGAUUGGCCCCUCAGUGCCCGCAGAGAGAAGGGACUGAACCAGGAGCCCCAAGGCAGAGGCCUGGCCCUCCAGAAGAUGGGUCAAGAGGAAGAGAGCCCUCCAAGAGAGGAGAGGCCCCAGCAGAGUCCAAAGGCACAGGCAUCUCCGGGACUGCUGGCAGCUGCCUUACAACAGAGCCAGGAACUGGCAAAGUUGGGUACCAGCUUUGCUCAAAAUGGUUUCUACCGUGAAGCCGUGGUCGUCUUCACCCAGGCCUUGAAGCUCAACCCCCAGGACCACCGGUUAUUUGGAAAUCGUUCCUUCUGCCAUGAGCGGUUGGGUCAGCCAGUGUGGGCCCUGGCUGAUGCCCAGGUGGCCCUUACCCUACGGCCUGGCUGGCCCCGGGGCCUCUUCCGCCUGGGCAAGGCCUUGAUGGGACUACAGCGCUUCAGAGAGGCAGCUGCUGUGUUUCAGGAAACUCUGAGAGAUGGGUCCCAGCCUGACGCAGCCCGAGAGCUCCGCUCUUGCCUUCUCCAACUCACACUGCAGGGUCAGCGAGGAGGAAUCCGUGCACCACUUCUGUCACCUGGGGCCCUCCAGCGACUUCCCCAUGCUGAGCUGGCACCCUCAUGCCUACCUUCCCUCAGGUGCCCUCGAAGCACUGCUCCGAGGUCCCCUGGCCUGUCUCCACUCUUGCAUUAUCCUUCAUGGCAUUAUCCUUUAUGUCACCGAAGCCACCCCAACCAGCCCUUCUCCCAGACUCAGAGUAGAAGGCCCCAUCCUCUCCAGCCCCAGGACCCUUCAAAGGGCUGGGACAUCCUGGGACUUGGGCUCCAGCAUCUACCUCAGGCCAGAGGAGGGGGCAUCGGUCCCUCAUAGGGCAGGGCCAUGUAUAUAUCUCAUGGCGGGGGACAUAGUGUGGUGACAGUUCACUGCAUAUUUUGAGACCUUAUUCUCUAGAUCCAUAGUUAAUGAUGCCCCUGGCAGUCAUUCCUCUUGCCAUGGGGAAGCUUCUGAUGAGAGAAAGGAGCUCCACAUCCACUGAAACAUCCUUUGGUUCUCAAGCUUCUUCUGGAGGCAGUAAGGAAAAAUAAAACCCACCAAGGCUCAAGAAGGGAACUAUAGAAAAGUUCAGGUUUUUAGGCUAUAGCAGAGACAGUGAGAAAGCAUCUGGGCCUUGCUCUUCUUUCUUCUUGGUCCGGGGGACCUCAUUCACCAACUUGAGCUUGGUGUGCAGGAACGGGGUCACAGUGCUGAGGGGGCUUGAGUCCCACCUUUCAGCUUGAUGGAUGCUCACCUCUUCCCAGCCCCAGCUCAUGCCGUGUUUUUCUAGCCAUAGCCCCCAGAUUACUUAUAGCUCCUUAUGCCAUUUCCUGUCCAGAUUGCUGUGUAUGACUCUGACCUCUUUUGUCCAGUGGUCUGGUGAGCACUUCCUCUCACUGCUAGAAUAUUCACCAAGGGUUUGCAUUUGGGAAGUCCCUUGCCAGCUCCUGCUUAGAGCUGGUAGGGCAAUACAUGUCCACACUCCCAACUGGUGGCUCUUCCGCUGAAUGGGGCCUCAGCAGGUGCCCAGGCUGCUACAACCUUGGCCACUCUGUUUCUCCACCCCAGCAUUGGGCAUUGUAAUUAGCCUUUCCCCGUGUUAAUUUAUUCAGUUUUUUCAAGGGUCAACUGAAUUCACCACUUCCUGGGUAAGAAUCAUGAUCUCCUUUUAAUUUCACCUCUAAGAUCCUGGCAGCUUCCCCUAGCUGGUUCCUCCGUAGUCCUGCUGGGACUGUCAGCUCAUUUAAAUGUGGGUCUGCAGGAGGCUUUAGCUCUCCCCCAACCCCCUUGCCUCAUUCAUCAGGAUAAAUGGUUAUUGCUCCCCUGUGGGUCUUGCUCAAUACUGUUCAUACCUGGAGAGAGGAGGUACUGAAACAUCUCCUUUAUGUGUGACUUUCCCAAAUUUUUAAAAAUUGUUUAUGGUUUAGGCCCCUUAAAUACUGUGUAGCAGGAUGAAGUCUACCAUUACCAGCUGGGUCACCUUGGAUGGGUCUGUCAACAUCUAAGCCUCAGUUCCCUCACCUAUAAAAAUGAGGGUAGUCCCUACCUCAUAAGGGAUAUUGUGAGGAUGGAAAGCGAAAGUGUGAGAAAAUACCUCCCAAGUGCCUGGUACAUAGUGGGUGCUAAAUAAACCAAUUUUUGUCUGCAA